GCUUGUGGCUUAUCGCCUUAUCCCAUCUUUUAGAUAAGAAACUGUGAAAUCCAAGGUAUUUCUUUGGUUUGCUUUGCUGGAAAACUGCAAUUCUCGCUCUAGCUCUUUGGGUCUUGGAGUGAUCAAGAAAGGCACAAACAAUGUCCCUCUCGAUUGCCACACCGCCUAGAGAGCUUUCUUCGUUUAGGGUUUUAACUGCUUCACAUCAACAAUGCCUUCUCUCCAGGAUUUCUCGGCUUUCGAUCGACAACGUUCCUCUUCCCGCGACUAUUACGCUUAUUCGAAUGGGUGGCGGUCCCCGGACGUUCCCUGGAGGAGUAUCGAAAUGGCAAUGGAAGCGAAUGCAAGCCAAGAAAGCAAAGCAACUCCUUAAGGCUCGACUCUGCCGAGAGCGACAGAUAUAUGAAAUGCGAAAGCGGUCUGAACUGAGAGCUGCCGUCUCUGAACUCGAGCGGCCAUGGGAGGUUGUGGAGAGAGCUCCAACGUUGUUUUCCGUCAGAGCCGACGAACAAUUGAAGGUAUUGGCCGAUAGGUUCCAGAGGCCGGGCGGCUACGACUUAUGGACUGAGAGAGAUGGACCACAGCUAUUUCAGACCGCCGACGGUCUCCCUUCAGCAAGAUUUUUCCCCAAAGGUGUUGUGCAUAGCAUUAAACCAUACGGGAGUAUUGCAGAUUCUUCCGUGGAAGAGGCUAUGGGGUCAAAUUUUCAGGGUUCAGUUGCAGAAUCUGUAUCGGAAGGGUAUGUUUCAAGAGUAGGAAAUCGAUCUAGGAAAUCCAAAAAGCCACAUAAACCUGGAGAAAGACGUAGGUCUGAUUGGAAAAGGGAGGCAGGAAUUGGAGAUUCUCCAACUGGACGAGAAGAAUGGAUGACAAAUACAGAAGCAUCGGGUACUGUGAGUGAGAGGCAAAGGUCGGGGAAAUUUCUUGGAGACGGGACUGGAAAGGAUUCUCGUGUUGUCUUUGAGAAAAAGGGGCACAGACGAAGUCUUGGCUCAGGAAAUUCAUACCGGUCGAAAUCAGAGGAGGGCACAUUAGGUGCAGUUGGAAGAGAGGAAAUUCGGAUAAAGAAUGGAAGUUAUAGCAGUCCCAAUGGACGUCGCUAUAAUGCCACUAGAACCCGAAGUUUUGGCUCUGGAAAUUCUUAUCGGUCGAAAUCAGAAGAGGGCACGUUGGAUGCAUUUGGAAGAGAGGAGAUUCGAAUAAACAAUGGAAGUUAUAGCAGUCCCAAUGGUCGUCGAUCUAAUGCCACUAGAAGCCGAAGUUUUGGCUCAGGAAAUUCAUAUAGGUCGAAAUCAGAGGAGGGCACAUUGGGUGCAGUUGGAAGAGAGGAGAUUCGAAUGAACAAUGGAAGUUAUACCAGUGCCAAUGGCCGCUCUAACACCAGUAGAAAACGAAGUUUUGGCUCAGGAAAUUCAUAUCGGUCGAAAUCAGAGGAAGGCACAUUCGGUGCAGUUGGAAGAGAGGAGAUUCGAAUGAACAAUGGAAGUUAUAGCAAUGCCAAUCGUCGCUCUAACACCAAUAGAACUUUAUCAAGAUCUAGAGCGACCCAUACUGGAGAUGUAUAUAAUAUGAGCUUGCAAGAUGAUGGAAGUUAUGAAUUGUAAAAUGCCAAGAGUCUGGGAGUAGUGUGAUUCAUCAGGUACAUUAGAAGUGCAUAUCCAAGUGCUUGGUUUGGUUGGAUUUACGUUAUGGAGAGAAAGAGUUCUUUUAGUGGGCAGUGGCUAGGCUGGUAACAGCUGGAUGAUUCAUAACAACUGAGGUGCCGGAUCAGAAUAAAACACCUCUUAGGAUAUCAAGCUAAUGUAGUGCCAUGCAACCAGACACAAUCUUCCAUGGGCCCAAGGAUCUUUAGAUAAAGUUUGCUCAAAUAUGAUUAUCAUUAAGAUUUUUUGUUGGAUGGCCCUUAGGUUUCAAUGGUUGUUAAUAGGAUUCGGAUUCCUAUCGGAGACGGCGACAAGACUCAUAUAUGCAUUUCACAUAGAUGUAUGUUCUUCCCCUUUGAUUGGAUGGUGGUCAUAAAUUUCCCAUCUUUUGUUGUCAAUUAAAUUGGUUGAAAAUACUUGAGACUUGAUAAUGUAUGAUUACUGUCCAAGGUUUCACAAUAGGUUGAUGGCUGCUUUCAGUGGAUUAAGAUUAGUGUAUCAAGACUACAUGGGCUAGGAAGGUGUAGUGGUUUCUUGAUUA